GGGCUUGAACGCGAACGAAGGUGUGUGGUGCGCGAUACAGCAGGCUUAGGCCGGCGCAGUUUUUACGCGCGAGUUUCAAGCGUCCGUUGAAUUUCAACUGGAGUUCCACAUAACGACUGUAGAAAAUCAUCGAACCUCAUAAUAAUAAUCUUAAACACUGCUCGUUCAAUAGUCGAAUUUCUGCUGUUAGAAGUACAAACAUCUAAAUAAGUUACCGGUACUAACUCUCGAAUAAAACCUUCUUUAUGCGAAUAGAAACGAUGAGAUUCUGCAAAAGCAAUAGUUCAUCAGUGAUUUUAGUUUAUAAUGAACCUUGAAAAAAUUUGAAAAUAAAUAAGUGCACCUCACCCCCUGACCUCCCUCUCUGGAAUGCUGAAAAAACAAUUCAAAGGUGGAGCUGUUGAAUAAGCAAUAAGUGGAUAGAAUAACAGAUUUUGUCUGAAGUGUUAUUGAUCUUCUACAGCAGAAAGCGCGGAACAACAGGAUGAUCGAUCAGUUAACAAUGAGUUUUUCUGCUUCCAAUGUUGAGCAUUAUAGGAGUUCGGAGUCCGAAGAAAGUAGAUUUCGAUAAUUGAACAGAGUGAUUCCUGUUUUGCAGGUCAGUUGUUCUUCUUGACCAACAGCAACCGAAGAGAGAAUAAUAUAUAUAUUGAUUCCUCAGAUUGAACGUCGCCUGAAGCCCUGAAGAUCAUUCGCAGUCUCGCCAAUAUAUUGUUUGAGUCGAUUAUUAAUCGGGAUUAAAUUUAGCAGAAUCUGUAGUGCCCGAUGUCACGACCAACAAAUUGCUGGGGUCAGUGGCGGGCUGAGCCGCCGGAGGUGCCACCAUCGGUCUGUGAAUCGCCCGCCUAAAACACUCGCCUGUCGCAAUGACGUCAUCAACGACGGUCGACCUGCGACCUGUGCCGCCCCCGACUGACACCCUCCUGCUGGAGGCGGCAGCCGACUCACAAGACUGGGCCGACGUCAUGGGCUUCGUCGUCAAGUCGUUCGUGAUGGUAUUCAUUAUAAUAGCCGCUAUUUUCGGCAAUCUGCUAGUGAUUGUCAGUGUGAUGCGACAUCGUAAGCUGCGAGUGAUUACAAACUACUUUGUAGUGAGUCUAGCACUGGCUGACAUGUUGGUGGCGAUGGUGGCGAUGACUUUCAACGCCAGCGUGCAGAUGACGGGUCGCUGGCUGUUUGGCUACUUUAUGUGCGACGUUUGGAACUCUCUAGAUGUGUACUUCUCGACGGCGUCCAUCUUGCACCUGUGCUGCAUCAGUGUCGACCGUUACUACGCGAUCGUCAAGCCCCUCAAGUACCCCAUCAACAUGACCAAGCGAGUGGUGGCCGUGAUGUUGCUCAACACGUGGGCAUCACCCGCCGUCAUCUCGUUCGUGCCCAUCUUCUGCGGCUGGUACACCACCGACGAGCACCAGCUCUUCCGCAACCAGCAUCCCGAUGUCUGCGACUUCAAGGUGAACAAAGUGUACGUGAUAGUAUCGAGUUCGAUAUCGUUCUGGAUCCCGUGCACGAUCAUGGUGUUCAUGUACCUGUCGAUAUUCCGGGAGGCGAAUAGGCAGGAGAAAGCGAUUCACAGCCGCAUCGGCAACCAGAUGCUGCUGAACCACGGCCGCGACUGCAACGGCGACAUGCUCAGCUCCAGCGGCGGCUCCAGCAAAACGCUGACUCUGCACGAAGUGGGCCCAGGGCACCCGGCGGGCGGACCCAUGCACUCCACGCCCACCAAGGACCGCAAUAUCAUCAAGAUGAAGCGUGAGCACAAGGCUGCACGCACGCUCGGCAUCAUCAUGGGCACGUUCAUACUUUGCUGGCUGCCAUUCUUCCUAUGGUACGUGAUCACGACGCUGUGCGGGCCGGCGUGCUACUGCCCCGACUCGCUGGUGGCAGUGCUUUUCUGGAUCGGCUACUUCAACUCGACGCUGAACCCGCUCAUCUACGCCUACUUCAACCGCGACUUCCGCGAGGCGUUCAAGAACACGCUGCAGUGCGCCUUCUGCAGCUUGUGCCGUCGACCGCCGUCCGACCUCGACGCUUUAGACGUGCGGCGGCCGUCGCUGCGCUACGACGAUCGCACGCGGUCCAUCUACUCGGAGGCGUGUCUCAGGCAUGCCGACCGCCGGCGCUCCAGUGAGUUCGGCAGCAGUCUGUGAUCCGAGGCCAGAGUCUAGAUCAGACUUGCCCCAUGAACAAUGCUUAAACAAUGCUUCAAGCGACUACUCUUCUUAAAUUAAUUCUAGGCAACGUAACUUUUUGCUUCCUGGGCAAAGCUGAUUCAAAACCCAGAGCACGGAAGUAUUUUGCAUUUCGACAGUGGUAAUCUUUAAGUCUCGGAGUGGCAGCUGCUAUAUUGAUAGUUCAUUUACGAGAAAAUAAUAUAUUGAUACUAGAAGCGCUAGGCUAGUCACACACACAUUGAUUUCUGGACGUACGAUUUUCUCCGUCCUAAAAAUUUCAUCAGAUUAUGUCAAACAGAUUUUCUUUACCAAGUUCCAUUUAAUGUGAUAGAAUUCAUAAGGACGGCAAAAAAUCAAACGUCCAAAAAUCGAUGUGUAACAGGCUUUAGGGGAAUUCAGUAGUGCGCAUGUGCCCUGUUUUUGGUAUCUUUUUUGCACCAAUCAACUGUCAAGCAUUGAGCGUACUCUUCUCUAGGCAAUCCAAUAAUUUAUUGACUCAAUCAUCCAUCUUUAUCAAAAUCAGGUAAAGUAACAGUGUACUUUCCAGAGAAUUUCAUACGAUUUGGGAAAAAUUCCAUAGUUGAAGGACCUUCGGAAAACUGGAUAAUGUUCUAAAUAGAUUUCAUUGCUGACAACGCACAAAAAACGAGCUAUUUGUUACAAUUUUCAAUGCACAUUCUCGAAAUCAUUACUGGACUCAUAUUAACAUUUCUCUACAGUAGUUAUCCCAAUCGAUUUUCAUAUACCUUAUUUGUUAUUGCCUUAUUUUUCGAUGUCCUUUGUUGUUUUUUCGCAUUUGUAGUUGAAUAACCUGUAAGACAGAUUGAUCAUUUGAGCGAAUAACGUUAGGUUGAAUACCAAGAUUUUUCCAUCCAUCAGUACAGUACGAGAUCAAUGAAUUGUGAGUUUCUGGAAUAGUGCUUUUAUUUUGGAUGUAUUUUGAUAGUGUCCAAGGUAUAGUUGGUGAUUUAGCACGUGUAUCGAUUUUGUAUUUGUACAUUUGUGGAAUGCUUUAGCAUUUAGAAUGUGUUAUUUUUCCAGUAUGUGAGACGAUUCAAUACCAUGGGAAAGAGUUGAAGAUAUUAUAGAAAUAUUAUUCAAUAAUUGAGGAUUAUUGAAUGCUCAUGGCUUUGAAUCAGUUUUGGCGAAAAUAUACAUAAACAACAACAACCAAUGAAUAGAACAAUUUCGUGUGUUAGCAAGUAUCAGUAAACAAAGUAUAUUAAUUGGCUGAGCGCUUCCCAAUAUUCAUUACUCCAUAGUUUAAUCCAGCUUUCAAAGAUUAGAAAUCAGAAAAUUAAAUGUAUUGAACAAAGUGACGACUAUCAACUAGAUAUUUGAAACAAUAUUUGAAAACUCUAUUCUUCCAUGAUCAUUGAAUAUUACUCAAAUUAAAUGAACGAAAUUUCCCAAAAUGUAGCGAUCGAUUAGCAAUGAGCUUUAUAACCACAUUAUUCAUAGAGACCCAACAAUCUCGAAUCGAAAAAUAUAGUUGCAAUCAAUAUUCAUUAUCAUAAAUCAUUGGAAAUAAUCGCCGCUAUCAAUAUUCUGGUUCAUCAAUGAACCAGAACAAAGGAUAUAAUAGGAAUCAAGUUUUUCUUUUUUCUUAUUUCGGAUGAUGCCCACAUAGACCUUUAGCUCGUGCUUGGGUAAUGAUUUGACGAGAUGAUCAAACAUCCAUGCCUACCGGCGAGAUUCGGACCGACGACCAGGUAUCGCUAGCUGGCUGAGGAUGCAACGCUUCAGUUAUCUCAGCUUAUGUGGCCGGCACCAGGUUACCUACAAACCAUAUAUUCAAAAAUCAAAGCAACCACUUUAUACUAUCCAUAUUCAGAUCAUGAGUUCUUAAAGAUAAAUAGCAUUGAAAAUGUUAUUAUCAAGUUGUCUUUGAAUACUUUACUCAAUACUCUCCUAAGCUUGACAUACUUUGUAGAGAAAUGAAUAUUAUGCAUUGUUUCAAGUUAUGCUCCACGCUGUUCAUUAGAUUCUGAGAAAUACUUAUUUAUUACAAGAUUAAAAUCUUCAAUGAAUCUCCAAAAUUCUUUGAAAUUUAUUUAUCAUACUUCUCAUUCGAUAUCAAUCAAUACAUUCGAUACAUUACCUCGAGAUUUUUCUAUUGGGAAGCGUAUUGAGCACAAAAAUUGACUGGAGAUUAAUCUAUGAUAAUCUAGUUUUUUACUUUUGUUACCGAAUAAGAAAACACUAUUGUAGCGUUAUAUUAUACCGUGUUUGUUGUUGUAAAAUAUUUUUAUAACACUUUAUAGAUUAACAUUUAGCGUAUAAGUGUGAGUAGAUGAAUCAUCUCUAAGAGAUUCGAUUUGAACGGAACUUUUAUUAUUAGAACUUGAUAGCCGUAUCUUAACGAAAAAACUAGUAUCUAUUGUCUGGAAAAGUAAUGUGAUGCGAGGAUACGAGUGGCUGGAAGAGUUACCACUUAAUCUGAUUUGACAAUGAGUCAAAUGAAUGUUACCCAUAUGAUCCCUCUAUGAGCUGUUGAUACUCGAAUAUUUUAUUCCUAGAUUGUAAGAUAGCCCGUACCCAUAAUACCAUUCAUCACUUAUCGGAAUCCAUUUAAUUCACUCAGAAACGUUUGGAAGCUGCAUCAUUAUCACGAGCUGUCUGAUACGAUUUUCUCGUAUCAAUAGCUCAAGUCAUUUCCUAUUCUAAAUCAAUCAACCUGAUAAUUAACAAUGAUUAAUUCAUACUUUUUGAUUCUAAUACUUGACUCCUUAUCGUGAUAUAAGGUGGUUUUUGUGUUCUUGUCGCAUAUCAUGCGGUUCACCUCCCUUCAUACCAUUGAUAACAUGAUUAACAUGGUGUGAAUUCCAUGAGCCUUUCUCUAAGUAACUACUGUAUUUAUGAAUAAUCCCAUUAUCUUGCUGAACCUGGUCAUUGUUCAAAUAGAUCCUUGUAACACUUGAACUUGUGAUGAAUUCUCCAAUCCCUGGUGUUGACAUAGAACUCCAUAGGCCUAUACUAAAGAAAUCCGUAUACGAGUAGCUUCAACAAUGACAUUAAGAAUGAUAAAUACUCUCUUGAUAGCAUAAUCCUAAGCAUAUUUCUCCUUGUAUUGUCUUUUUUCUUACAUUUGAUCACUUCUCAUUUGUGUGAACUCAAAUCAGCAAAUUUUUUUCAGACUUCUUGCUCUCGAGUCAUGUCAUUUCUUUCAAUACCGUUUACAGAUUGCAAGCCCACAGCCUCAAUCAUAUACAGCCUCAUAUAAAACUCACAUAAGAUGAAUGAAUGUGUUUCAAUGCGGCUCUACAGACUUAUACUCUGACGUUUCAAUCAACAUUUUCAUCCGCUCUGACUGAGAAAGAUCUAUGAACAUUGUAGAGAAGGCAAUAAUCAGAGAUGCUCGCAAAUAGAAGGCCUAUGCUGUGUGAAAGAAAUAAAUGGAUGAUGCAACUUCCGACAGGAAAUUUUCAAUUUCCAGUUGAUGAGACGUUUAUUAUCUCUACUCAAUACCUCACACAAUAAUAAUCAAAUUAUUAUGAAUCAUCGAUUAAAAUCGAAAUUGGCAAUACCUCCAAAAAUGGGAGCAAUAUUAAUCGAGACAGAUUAUUUAUGUGAUUUAUGAACUGAUAUUUCGCAAACUUACAUAGCUUUAGAACAGAAGAUUUGUAUAGAUGUUGUUACGUCAAGAGAAUCUCAUACGUAGUUUGUAGCUCUUAGUUAGUUAUUUCCUGAAGAAUCAAUUUUAAAUUAUAAUUUACAAAAAAAAUUGAAAAAUUUCAAUUUCAAAGCUCAGUAAAGAGGUUGACCAACAAGGUUUUAAUACGAAACAUGAAUAUGAUAAAAAAUAUAUUUGGAAAGGUAUAACACAACACGAUAUGUGGGAUUAUGCGCGUAUGUUGUGAAAUUUGAAAUAAAAAUACAAGAUGGGACUUUAAUCAAAUGAUGAAGCAUGGCCCAAAUUCAUUACAGAGAAUUUAUUUAAUCAUCCAAAUAUCAAAAUGAGUUUAAAGGACUAUAAGGUUUGCCGCUUGUUUAGGAGUUGUUGCUCACUAUAGUUUCUUGAAAAUUGCCAUUGAUUGGCUAUUUAUAUAGCUGAUGAACAAUAGCAUGCAUGAAUUUAUCAGGAAAUCGAAAAGGACUUUGCAGCUUAUUUCAAUCACCUUUCAAGUUACUUCUCUCAAAACUCCAAUAAAUAGACGAGAGCUAGGAAUUGAAGACGGAUCAUUCGUAACUUAUCAAUCAACUGUACGAAAACUAAAAUCAUUCAAUUUUUCGAAAUCUUACUUGAUAAAACAAUGAACAGUAUAAAAAGAAAAAUUAUUCUUUUACAUUUUUCACCGAAGCAAUAGAUAUUGGCCUUUGCAACGUUUCUAAAUUUAAGUAGAAAAGUAAUUUUUCAACUUGGAAUCUAAUUUAACAAUUAUUUCUCCAACAUAAAUAUUAUGUUAGAUUCAUCAUUGGAGGCAAAAAUGGAAGUCUCAUUGUAACUCGAAUUUAUAGGACGUAUGUAUUUGAGUGACUGACGAAAUUAUAAAUUCUUACGAGGCUCGAGUUCCAUUUAUUCCGUGAAUGUGAUAACCAUUUUGACAAUCCGUUGUACAAUUAUAAUUGCUGGAUAGAAUAUCAUGAAUGAUCUUUCCAAUUUUAAUGUGUAGAUAAUUUAAUACCUUAUAUUCGAGUGAAUCUGACAUUGUAAGAUUCAAAAGAAAGUCCAUGGGUCAAUAUUAAUAAUUAUGUCAAAUUUGUAUUUUUCAACAAGUCUUCCAUACUUUUACUUAGUUUUAAGACCUUAUAUCAGUAUCCUCGAAAUUACUAACAAUCUCGUGUCUCUUCAUUUUCCUCAAUUAUUUAAUUAUUAUAACUUUUUUCAAUUUCUGAUUUCAUACCGUCAGCUAAACACAUUCAAUAAGUCAGCCAGGAAAGUAACAGGCACGGUAGGAAUACGUGAAUUUCCAACAACUGCCAUAAUUUUGAGAAUUAAUAAGUCUGUUUUCUUGAACUAUCACUAGUAACUUGAAAACCCAAAAAAUAUUAAAAAUCCGAUUUCACUCUAUGAAAUCAAUUUGAUGGACCAAGUUAUUGCAAAAUCCAUCAGCUUCUGGAAUGCAUCUGCAUACAAAAUCAUUUCCUAUUUCAAUCUGUUUGAAAUUUUAUUCUAUAAUAAAUUUUAAAAUUACAUUUGAGACACCAAAGAAGAUGUUUUAUUUUCUUGAUUUUUUACGUAAGGUUUUUUACCAUCUGUUGAUUCAGGCAAUAUGUUAGAUGCACUAUCUAUAUAAAAAAGUAUGGCUGCUGAUUUCUUUUGAAAUUUGUCUUUUAAAUAUCUCAUGUACAAAGCAAUAUAUCAAGAUAAACUGUAUUCUAUUACCAACGAAAUCUUUUAUCAACCUAUCAAUCAUAACCCAUUAUUAAUUUCUUUCAAUUGAAAAUAAUGUUUCAGUGCCUUUUGUUGUUGAUGAUUAGGUGCGAAUCAAGUUAGUGAUCAUUAAUGACGAGAAAAUUACUUUAAAAAAUUAGAAUUGUACCAAGAUUUAUCAUGAAUUCAUUAUGUGAAGAUUGUUAUUCUCAAUCAGAACUCGGUAUUUCGUCUUGAUAACCAGCUCGAACCUAUUCUUCAUGUACAAUAAUAGUGAUUUAUUCCGUGUAUAAAAUUUCUUGUGGAGAAGAAAUGUGUGAGGAAUGUGAACAGUGUUUGAGUUGAUAGUAAUAAUGGUGAAUUGAAAUCACUACGUUGCUACCUUGAAUGAUUGUGACACCAAACAAUCAAAUUCACAAAAAGAACAUUUUUUUGAGCUUGUAAAAUUUGAUGGAUAUGAUCAGAAUUGACAUCACAUUUCAGAGAACCAAAAACACCCAUUCUUGUACAUGUACAAACUAAUGUCAUAAUGUAAAAAUAUAUUUGUAAAUAGCAAGUGAGUGUUAAAAUAAUACUAGGCUACUAUUAUUUAUGUGUUCAUUGAAGCGUUUGUGGAAUCAUUUGUAAAUAUUCUAUAUAGGCUGUAUCUAGGAUAAUCGAGGAGUAUACCUUGCAUAACAAUAUGAUAAGUGGCGUGGAGAGAGAAAGAAAAUCAUUUUUGUCUUCCUUGAUUGACUGCGUACAAAGAUUCUGUUAUUUUUCCAGUCUUUCAUACAGUUCUGACAAAACUGAAUCAAUUUAUGUUGAAAUUUCUUUUAGAAGGAGCGUGUCAAUUUUGCUUUAGAAAUUGAAAACAUAUUUGGCACGAUCGAUCAAAUAAAACGGGUAUAUAAACUUGCAAUAUAAUAUUUGUAUGUAUUUACGACGGAAAAGUGAACAAUUAUUGUCAAGCUGUCUACUGAAUAAAUAGUAUGAGAUAUCUCGUUUCGUAUGAUAAUUAUUUAUUUUGUUGAAGCAAAAACUAUAUUUUUUUUCACACUCGAAGAGAAGUAUAUUGUAAUGGAAUUAUUUAUGAUACUAGCAAUAAACAUAUAUUAAACGUUG